GUCACAAAACACUGCCGCCAUUAACACAGUAAUUUGAGUUGAGCUACCUUCUGAAUCCCUGUAGAGGAAUUUUGAAAGUUCUUUUAAUUUUAUGAGCCACUGCAACUGUUAGCACAGUAGUUGGAGUUCAUCAUUUGGUGUCUUCUCUCUCUAACAGCCGCGCGCGUUCUCAGAUCAAGUAGAAACAGACAUGGUUGAAGAGAAAGAAGGAACCAACUUACUGGGUUCUCCAACUUUCAAAGUUCUCGAUAAUGGCCGGUUCAAGUGUGUUGAGACAGGUCAUGAAGUUUUGGACAAAGACAAGGACUCCUACUCUAACAGCAAACGGUGUCGUUUAGGGCUCAUCGACUUUGCCGUCUCCCACAAUAAGCCUCCUCUUAACGUUUUCAAGCAAGACCCUCUUUCACGUUCGAAGCUGGUAUGCAAUAUAACUGGAGAUACAGUUAAUAAGUCUGAGGAACAUAUCUGGAAACAUAUAAAUGGGAAACGUUUCCUGAAUAAACUAGAGGAAAUGGAAACACAAAAGCUAAAACCCAAUGACAUGGUUGAGGAAGUUUCACCAGAAGGAUCUAAUCAUGCCAAAAAUAUUAAGAAAAAAAAGAACAAGAAGAAGAAGGACAAGCCUGUUGAGGAGAUUAUAUCUGCAAUUAGAGAGCCUUCUGAUGUAGAAAGUGAUUUAGAAGAGGCUGAAUUUUGGAUGCCUCCUUUGGGAGAACGUUGGGACUUUGAUGAUGGCGGAGACCGGUGGGGUUCAGAUUCAGAGUCUGAGCAUGAAAGUGAUGGAGUUGAUGAGAAUGCUGAUGCAAUUGACGACGACGUCGACGAUGAUGAUAAUUGUAAGGAGUUAGAAGAACUUUCUACAGGAAAUGUAGUUGAAGAUGAUGACAAUAAAGAGUCAGAAGAACUUUUAACGAGAACCAAAAGAAUGUCUAUAGAAAUUGGUCCAAGCAACUUUACCUCAAAAAAGAAGAAACUUAAGAAGAAUACUUUGUGUUGAUAUGCUGUAUUUUCAUAGCUUAUCUAAUUUCUGGUUAAAAUUUUUUUUUUCAUAUGAGGCUUGUAAUAGUUCCUUUUAGUAAAAAACAUCCCGUACCCAAUUGGGGACAAAAGUUUUGAUUUGUAAAAUGAUAAAAUGGAAACUAUGUUAAUUGUCA